CUCAAAAUACGGUGGGACUUCUGUUGACUUUUGAGAGAAACCCAAUUGGAAGAUUCUCCAUUGAUGAUGGUGGUCAAAACCAUUGUUGCUCAGCUUCUUCUUCAUCAUCACCAUUAUCGAUAUAAUCAACCAUCUCGAUUUUUCCCGCGAAAUUGUUCUUCAGAAAGCGCUCGAAUCGAGUUCCCAAUACGUCCCCUCAACCUCUCUUUAUGUUGUGGUUCUAGAUUGAUUAUUCAUACGCGUGCAUCUGGAGAGAUUUCUGGCCGGAUUGAUCAGGAUGAACCUCCGAAUUAUGCACCGAUUUCACCUCAGAUACCUGAACACAAGGCGUCUUUUGUGGAUGUUUUAAAGAAAGCCAACUCGGUAUUGCCUCAAGUAGUUCUUGCUAGUACAAUAUUGGCUCUUGUCUAUCCACCAUCUUUCACAUGGUUUACCAGCAGGUAUUAUGCCCCAGCUUUAGGUUUCUUGAUGUUUGCAGUCGGACUUAAUUCGAGUGAAAAAGAUUUUGUUGAAGCAUUGAACAGACCAACAGCGAUUCUUGCCGGUUAUAUUGGCCAAUUUGUUUUGAAACCGUUUCUAGGUUAUCUGUUUGGCACAAUGGCCAUGACAACAUUCGGCCUCCCAACUUCCUUAGGUGCUGGAAUCAUGCUAGCUUCUUGCGUUAGUGGGGCCCAGCUCUCGAAUUACGCCACUUUUCUAACGGACCCUGAAAUGGCCCCACUGAGCAUCGUUAUGACCUCAUUAUCUACUGCUACUGCGGUUCUCGUCACCCCACUCUUAUCACUAUUGCUCAUCGGAAAGAGGUUGCCUGUUGAUGUGCAAGGAAUGGUUUCCAAUAUUUUGCAGAUUGUAGUUUCACCUGUUGCUGCCGGCUUGCUUCUUAACCGGUUUUUACCAAGAAUUUCUAGUGCUAUUCGACCGUUUUUGCCUCCGUUAUCGGUUCUAGUGACCUCUCUAUGUGUUGGGGCUCCUCUUGCUAUUAACAUAGACUCCGUCUUAUCACCUUUUGGCAUAUCCGUCUUGUUGCUUGUUAUCGUGUUUCAUUUAUCAGCAUUCAUCCUCGGAUACGCAUUUACCGGCAUUGCCUUCCACAAUUCACCCGACGUCAAACCUCUUCAAAGAACACUAUCUUACGAAACAGGUAUGCAAAGUAGUUUAUUGGCGUUGGCACUCGCAAAUAAGUUCUUUCAAGAUCCACUCGUGGGCGUGCCUCCGGCUAUAUCCGUUGUAAUCAUGUCAUUAAUGGGUUUUUCUUUAGUGAUGAUUUGGGCUAAGAAGAAGGGAUAAAUUGAAUCUAAAUGGCUCUUGACUUUGAGUUUGAAGUAGUUUUGCUCAAGAUGUUAGUUGAUUUUAGAUUAUAUUUAUCUGCAGUUAGUUACACAAAUUCAAACAUGAAGCUUUAAUAAGUUGUACAUACGUACAAUUUACUUGUAAUCCCCGAAAAAUAACAGAUUUAGAUGAUACUUUUACUGUUUUACAUCUA